UGUAUAGUUAACGCACACGAAAUAGCUUAUUAUAAGUGGAUUGAUAAAUACAUUUCAGAGUUAUUGUUAUUCUAUUUUCUACACAAUAUCUGAUUUUAACUGUUGGAUCGGGAUCGAGAAACAAAAAAAAAAAUCGAAAUUUUAAAAGAAGAAAUCAAAAAGACCACCAUUACCCAAAAUUUCAAAUUUCAACAUUAAAACCAUAUCUUUCAAAGAUAAAUUUGAUCCUGAAAUAAGUUCACAAAUUUCUACAAAAUCUUAUUUUUCUUCCUUGAUGUAAGCGGCCUCCCCUAUUUCUUGUUACAAUUCAAAAUGGCUUCCAGCGAGACGACUGACGAAUCUCUCUAUCCCAUCGCAGUGUUGAUAGACGAACUUAGAAACGAAGAUGUUCAGCUUCGUCUCAACAGCAUCAAGAAACUCUCCACAAUAGCACUCGCCCUAGGAGUAGAAAGAGCAAGGAGUGAACUCAUUCCUUUCCUUACAGAUACCAUUUAUGAUGAGGAUGAAGUUUUGCUGGCCUUGGCAGAACAGCUGGGUAACUUUACACCUCUGGUGGGUGGGCCCGAAUACGUCCAUUGUCUACUGCCCCCCUUGGAGAGUUUAGCUACUGUAGAGGAGACUGUUGUCCGAGACAAAGCCGUGGAAUCCCUUCGCAACAUUGCUAGUCAGCAUUCCCCAGCUGACCUUGAGAACCAUUUUGUGCCAUUGGUCAAGAGGUUAUCAGCAGGAGAUUGGUUUACAUCCAGAACCUCUGCUUGUGGUCUGUUUGCUGUGUGUUAUCCACGAGUUUCUUCAUCAGUCAAAGCAGAACUCCGACAACACUUCAGAAAUCUGGGUGGUGAUGAUACCCCUAUGGUCCGCCGUGCGGCUGCAGGAAAACUCGGGGAUUUCGCCAAAGCUGUGGAACCCGAGUACCUCAAGUCAGACUUGAUUCCAUUGUUCACAGCACUGGCUCAGGAUGAACAGGACUCGGUGCGUCUUCUGGAUGUGGAGGCUUGUGUGAGUAUUGCGUCUCUCUUACCACCAGAGGAUGUAGAACAGUAUGUGAUGCCCACACUCCGGCAGGCAGCUGAUGACAAAUCAUGGAGGGUCAGAUACAUGGUGGCUGACAAGUUCACAGAGCUACAAAAAGCUGUGGGUCCAGAGAUCACCAAAACUGAUCUAGUGCCAGCGUUUUGUUGUCUACUGAAAGACUGUGAAGCUGAGGUCAGGGCUGCUGCUUCCCACAAGGUCAAAGAUUUCUGUCAGAAUUUAUCGGCUGAUGUGCGUGAGAGCGUUAUUAUGACCAGCAUUCUGCCCUGUGUGAAGGACUUAGUAUCCGAUGCCAAUCAACAUGUGAAGUCAGCAUUAGCUUCUGUUAUAAUGGGCCUCUCGCCGAUCUUAGGAAAAGAAAACACAAUUGAGCACUUGUUGCCACUGUUCUUGACACAACUGAAAGAUGAAUGCCCCGAAGUUCGCUUAAACAUCAUAUCAAAUUUAGACUGUGUGAAUGAGGUAAUUGGAAUCAAACAACUGUCACAGAGCUUGCUGCCAGCCAUCGUUGAACUGGCUGAGGACACCAAGUGGAGAGUCCGUCUGGCCAUUAUCGAGUACAUGCCUCUUCUAGCUGGACAACUGGGAGUGGACUUCUUUGAUGAAAAAUUGAAUUCCUUGUGUAUGACUUGGCUAGUGGACCACGUGUUUGCCAUUCGUGAUGCAGCUACAGUAAAUUUGAAGAAGUUGGUGGAGAAAUUUGGAGUUGAUUGGGCCCAACAGACUGUGAUCCCAAAAGUCCUACAGAUGUCCCGGGAUCAGAACUACCUUCACAGACUCACCUGUCUCUUCUGCAUCAACCUAUUGGCUGAGGCUUGUGGACCAGAAAUGACCCUGAAAUUGAUGUUGCCCACUAUUCUCAGCAUGGCAGGGGACAAUGUACCGAAUGUUCGUUUCAACGUAGCCAAAACAAUACUCCGUCUUGGGAAAAUGUUUGAUCAAAAUACAAUUCAGCAACAAGUUAAGCCGGUAUUGGACAAAAUGAAGGGCGACUCCGACAUAGAUGUGCAGUAUUAUGCUCUGGAGGCUAUCGAUGAUCUGUUGCGGCCCACCUCUCCGUCUGUAUAUCACGAGAAGGAGGUCAUCACGGAAAUCUCCCGAUGUCGUCAGUUGGUCCACGUGCUUCAGAGGGAGUGCAUCAUCUCAGUGGCGGGGGAGGGCGUGGCCCUGGGUCGGGAGGGCCCCCUCACCCUUCUCUUGGUUGGCACCUUUUACGGAAAGGUCUACGUGUUUGACUGUUUGGUAAACAACGAGCUUUUCGACAAAGGAGGACUGCGUUUUCUUCUGGAAAAUACCAAAGUUCUCAAAGUCGCCUUUUCGUGUUGCUUUUUGAGUGCCGCCUUGUAUUCACAGUUCGCUGUGCGUCUUCGCAGUGUGUUCGAUACUCAGAUAGCACAUUUAGUCAUCCGGGAAUUUGAAGGCCGGAAGUUACCAGAUCGUCUGACUCUAUUUGAUGUCUGCCAAUGUUACUCCGGAACCGGAAAUCAUUACGGUUGGAGGACGGAUGUUAAGGACAUGUACCUCCGCAGGAUGGGUGAUUACUGGUCACAGCGACCUUUAACCUUUGAGAUGCUUGAGUUUGCUGCCGAUGAUGUAAUGUCUUUCAUACCAGAAGUCUACAGAAGACAAUCUGAGUUUUUAGAGGAGUACAAAUUGAUGCCAAAGUUCAGGGCCCGUGUAGAAGAAGAAAUAUUGGUGGAUAUCAAUCAGGAGGUCAAGAAUAUGCGCGGUGAAAGAAUCGAGGCGAUUGUAAUGGAGGUGUUGCACAGCCUUGACGAACAGUACAAGGACAAAAGAAUCAAGAUGGAGGAAUUGUCCGAAGACCAGCUGUAUGCCGUUCAUCUCCUUCAAUACGACCACGCCCACAAAAUAUCACCGAAAAUCGACAAGGUGAAAACAGACUACAUAAUGAACGAAAUGAAGGCGGUAGAAAACGACCUUCACACGGAUCAGUUAAUAAUCACCAAUAGAAACGGCCUUGGAGAUGACCUUAAGACGUGGGAGAAACAUCCGGAUGAAAACGUCAAGAGAAAAGCCCGAAUGUUACGAUUGGAAAUUUACAACCUGAUUCUUAAGGAGAUCGGUCGUCGUUAUUCCGGAUUUUCCGUACCUCAUGUUUUCACAGAACUAGAGAAACAAGCUCUAAGGUCUGUGACCCCGCUGUCGGCCUCUGACCCAAAUCAUGACCCGUUUGUUUUGGGUCAGCAUUGGAUCGUUGUGGAAUAUGACAUUGAUCAGGCACUGUUUAAUCUCAGAUACGGACACCCCCACAUUCAGAUAUCAAAAGAAUUCAGUGACCGCCUUAAAUCUUAUGAGAAUUUAGAUGUGCCGGAAAACAUUCAAAUGAAAGCCAAAUUACUUCUCAGUAUACAAUCCAGUAAAGGGACGACAUAUAACUGACCACUGGUUAACUGUGAGACCACCCGAACUGAACAGUCACGCAUGGAUUAUUUAACAAAAAUAUUUACUGCAAAUAACAGAAAUAUACACUUAAACUAAUGUAAUGUAGUUUCAUAAAUAUUUCGAAAAAUGCUUUGAAA